UUUAUUCCGUAUAUGAAGACCGUAUGGGGUAAAAUUAAUACAUAUGGAAGUUUUCUUCAUUUUAAAAAUUUUAAAGAAAUUCAAGAAUGGCGUCAAAUGCGUGUUAUUGUUAAUACUAUCAAAGAAAGUGAAUUGCCAGAAUUUAUUACGAAUUCUAAGGACAUAAUUAAUAAUUGUGUUAAAGAAAUUGAAUCAGAUUAUUCAAAAUGGACUCAAAUUGAAAGAGAAUUUAGAUCUGAAUUAGAUAUUCUUAAUGAUAACUGGACAGAAAAAUGUCUGAAAUAUUAUUCCAAAUUUGUACAAGAACAAUUUGAUGCUGAUAUUAUAGAAGAAGGAAAGAGACUUAUUCGUAAUAUGAUCACGGUAGAAAGAAGAGAACAAGAUGCUCAAUGGAUGUCUUUAGUAAGAAAAUAUAAAGAUGAUUGGUUAACACAAUGCGCGAUAAAAAAAGCUGGUAAAAAAAUCCAGGGAUUAAAUACAACUGGUUUUAAAAAGAUCAAUGAAGCAGAAUGUGCAAAAAUAUUUGAAGAUAUUUGGAAAGAGGUAGAAGAUGAUAAAAAAGAAUUUAAUCUGAAUUUAGUUCAACAGUACGUCAAGAUUCAAAAGAAAAAGAAAAAUUCAAAAGAGUUUUUUGGAUAA